AUGAGUAAUGUUACCAACCAAAAUGGAACAGGUCUAGAGCAGCAGCUUGCUGGUCUGGACUUGCAGCCUCAGGCUUCUAAGAGUACUGGCCGUUACAUCCCUCCGCAUCUGCGCAGGCAGUUGCAGGCCAACACUUCUCAAGGCUUUAUAUUACAUACUGAAAAAUGGAAAUUGGCAAAUACAAUUAUAAGAGAAAUGGUGCUGCCAUGCCUUAUAGAGCUGUGA